AUGGCACACGACACGUGGAACGUUGCUUUCACGCUACUGUUAAUCCUCGCGGUGGCGGCACUCCCUGGCCAGGGGCAAGAUCCUUCACGGCCCAUCAUCAGCAGCCCGGCAGGACAAAUUCAAGGUACCACGGAAUCAUGUGGACUGUUCUGUAGCUACUACUCCUUCAAAGGGAUCCCGUACGCACAACCACCCACCGGGUCUCUACGUUUCCGGAAUCCGGUUCCACAUCCCGGUUGGUCCGGGGUACGCGAUGGUGCCCACCAUGGUGCGGUUUGCCUUCAGACGGGUGUAAUACCGGGACAGAUGCGUGGCAGUGAAGAUUGUCUGUAUCUGAACGUGUACACCCAGCAGCUCGUCGGUGCCGGAAGGCCAGUGAUGGUAUGGAUUCACGGUGGUGGCUACGGUGUGAACUCGGGUAACAUCGAAGAGUAUGGGCCGGAGAAAUUGGUCAAGGAAAAUGUUGUGCUCGUGACGCUAAACUAUCGCCUCGGGGCACUAGGGUUUCUUAGUACCGGUGAUCGGCACGCGCAGGGUAACUGGGGUCUGAAGGAUUGUCUGCAAGCACUUCGGUGGAUCCGCACCAACAUUGCCCCGUUCGGUGGUGAUCCGAAUAGUGUUACCAUUUUUGGCAAUUCCGCUGGAGCCGCACUCGUCCACCUGCUCGUGAUUGCCGAUCAGUCCGCUACGGAAGGAUUGUUCCAUAAGGCCAUUGCACAGAGCAGCACCGGAUUGGUCCCGUACGCCUUUCAACCGAGGCCACGUUUCUACGCCGAUCGGAUAGCCGCGGCACUGGGGCUCGGUACGGACAGUGGCAGUUACGUGGAGCAAUUGCGUACCGUUCCGGCGGAGCAGUUCAUUGCGUACCAGGAGGCCGGUUUCACCAUACCCGUACCACGGUUCUUGCGGCCACUCGAUUUUGGGCCCGUUGUUGAGCCUGCGGAUGCACCGGAACCACGCAUCGUCACUCGCCGGCCGAUCGAUGGCAUUCGACAGAAUGGCCAUCGUGUACCGUUUAUCAUCGGGUACACCGAUCUUGAGGGUGCAUUUUUUACGGCGUUCGAAAAUGCGAUAGAUCCCACGGUGAAGCCACAGUUUAAUGCGAACCCACAUCUGCUGGUGCCCUUCUUCUGGAACGUGCCGGCCGGCACAGUAGCGUCACAGCAGAUCAGUAGUACGUUUCAAAGCUACUACUGGCAAGGUCGGCCAUUGGACGCUUCGUUGGAUUACGAGUGGACCGUCUACCAAACCGAUCAUCAGUUUCUGUUUCCCAUGGAUCAAACGGUACGGCUUCAUGCGCAAGCAUCGUCGGUUCCGCUGUACUAUUUCCAGUUCGCUUACGAUGGUGAUUUGAAUUUGUACAAAAAAUUGUUCAACAUCCCCCAUCCGGGAGCGGUGCACACGGAUGAACUGCCGUAUCUGUUUCACAUUCCGGCGGCUAUGCUGGCACCGGUGCCGGACACUAGCCAUGCCAACACCGUAAGCGAUCGCAUUGUACGGAUGUGGGCCAAUUUCGCACGGACCGGCAAUCCGACUCCAUCACCGGAAGCGUUGCUACAAAACAUACAAUGGCCCACCGUGGAAGGUCCAUCGGGGCAGCGAUAUCUGUCUAUUGGGCAUGAUUUGGCACCGUCUACGUUGUCUCCAAAUCCAUCCCGAAUGGCACAGUGGUACAAUCUGCAGCAGAGCUACUCCAACGGACCGUUCGAAGUGUGAAUGUGCUGUGUUUAGUCAAUCUUACGUCGUUUCUGGUACCGGAGUGCAUUCAUUAAAGUGUUCGAUGAACCAAG